CUGUUUUCACCGAGACUCCGCAGACACCGAAAUAUCAGUUCAAGUUUCAACGCGCGCGAACUUCAAUGCAACCCAUAAAUUUGAGUUUCGUGGUUUGAUUAUCCUGGUGCACAAAAUACCGGAGCUUAAAUAUCGUGCGAUUAUUAACAUCGUGAUUGAGUUUAGUAAAUUUGUGUAAAGGAUUACAACUUUUUUUUAUUUUAAACUUGAGAUGUGAACCUAGUGAAUGUUCAAAUUCAAACGAUAUCUAGCUCGGAGAUGACAAACUUAAGAUGGAUGUCAUUUGAACAUGGUUAUUUUUAGUUUGAGAAUGUUUAACCGGCCUCCAUAUUUCAUUCUGUUGACGUACAUUAUUUUGGGAUUCCAGAUUAUGGAAUAUACGAACGGAAACCACAUUUCAGAAAAUCGCAGCAAUAACACUUUGGUUUCAAGAUAUAAAAGAAGUUACGAGCGCCACAAAUCUAAAGAUACUUUAACGAAGAAUUCUGUGGUUAAAGAUACGUCAACUGCCAAAUCGAGCGGUAGCAGUUUGUUUGUAACAGAUAAUUGCACGGUGGUAGUAGCUCAGAUCGGUGGAACUGCGACUUUACCUUGUACUGUAAGAAAAUUCAACAACGGAGUGGUAUCUUGGAUCCGCAAACGUGAUUAUCAUCUGCUGACUGUAGGUCUAGCUACUUAUAACACGGGCGACAGAUUUUUGGUCGAACACGUUAGACAUCUACAGAAUUGGGGAUUGCUUAUAAAGAAAGUUCAAUUUUCUGACGCUGGAUUGUACGAGUGUCAGAUGUCCACGCAUCCGCCUUCCAGUAUUAUCGUCGAACUGAGAGUCACAAAAGCCUUGGCAGAAAUUCAGGGCGCGCCGGAUUUGUACAUUCAUUCAGGAUCGCGUCUCCAGCUAGUAUGUACUCUACGGGAUUCUACGGAAACUCCAGAAUACGUUUUCUGGUUUCACGAGCAACGCAUGAUAAAUUAUGAUCCGGGAGUUUAUGUACAGGACGGACGAAGUUCCAGUGUCAUUUACAUACAAGAAGCCGAUAAAAGUCAUAACGGCAAUUAUACCUGUAGCCCUUCGAAUGCUGUACCUGCUUCUAUCAAUGUACAUGUGCUCAACGCUACCGCAGAAGAGAAGCCUGCCGCAAUGCAACACGCCAAUACUUCAAGUUCAAUAAUGUUUUUCUUCGUAAGAUACGGUGUUGUUUUAGUAAUAUUAAGGUUGAUUUUCCAAAAAACGUGACUGUGAAAUCGCAUCCGGUGAAUCUGAUAACAAAAUUAUAUAUAUAUA